AUUCCUGUACUCAUCUACUAUAUAAAGAGCAGUGUUAAACCCUCUUCAAACUCAUCUCUGUAGCAAACACACUUCCUGGUUCUGCGGUCUGAGAUUCAUCAUGAAGACUCUUGUGUUUCUCCUUUUGCCUCUUUUCACUCUCAGUGAAGUUUUAAAUGACUUUACCCAAUGCAGCCAGUACUUCUUGGAUGACACUGCUCCUGUAUUCAAAGCACCGACGGGUGUUUCAGUCAAACACAUCUGCCAGUGUCUGUGGGAUGAAGAUGAUAACAAAAAGUUUCUUUACGCCACUUUGUACAGCACAACCUGGAAGAUCCCCAUCUACUCUGCCUAUUGGUUCGGCAAAGAAUCAACUGGGAGAUGUGAUGUUUGGUACAUCGAACCACAGCUGGAUGGAGAGAAUGAGCCAUGCAUGCGGCCUAAGGGCUCUAAAAUAAAAAAUAAUCAGGCAGUGAGUAGUGAUUAUAAGAAUUCUGGCUAUGACAAAGGUCAUGUUUAUCCAGUGAUGCACACCUACAAUCAUCUGGCCAUGCUGGCCACCUCCACCCUGACCAACGCCGCUCCGCAGAAAUCCAAAUUUAAUAAGGAAGACUGGAAGGAACAUGAGAAAGCUGUAAUUAAAGAUCUGGCAUCCUGUAAAAAGGCGUAUGUGGUGGCUGGUGUUGCUCCUGACACAACUGCAGCAAAAGUUAACAAUAAAAUCACUGUGUCCAAGUUUUUCUGGAGAGCCACCUGCUGUCUAAACAGCAAUGAUGUUUACAUAGGGAAGGCCUACUUUGGACCAAACAACAACGACAAAGUGGAGGAAAAGACUGUUCAAGAGCUUGAGACCUUGCUCAAAAGCUAUUAUGAAAUAAAAAUAUUUCCAAGCAUACCAAAGAAGUCCAAAAUACCCAGAAAUGCAAAUCCAUGUAACUGAUGACCUGCAUGCACAUAAUAAAGUGAUCUGCCAGCUUCUGUCUAAUUAUAAGAAGAUCACAUCCAUCUCCUGUCCUGUUUCUUGACACUCUUGAGAGACGUCAUAGAAACAUGAUUUGCUUUUGCUCAGAAAUACAGCCAAUAGUUGCGGUCAGAAUUAUUAGCCCUCCUCCAUAUUUUCCCCCAACACAUUUCUAAUCAUAACAGUGUUAAU